GCGUCCAUAAAUUUAUACACCGACUGAUUGAUUGUCUAGAACUGGCAUCAUGGGGUGGUUCAAGCGAUUCUCCAGGAAGAAGUCGUCGACGCCCAAGAAAAGCGUAGACCUCCGCGUGCCGCGCAACGACUAUUACUCCCCUGCGACCUACGAAUACCAUGGACCAGACCAGACAACGCGCCUGCCGGAGAAGGUGCUGCGCCGCAUCUUCGAGGAGGUCUGUCCACACUCGACUGAUGACACGCUCGAUGGCAGCGAGGACAGCGGGAACGAUGGCUGCAUGACCUGUGACAUGCGCGACCUGGCACACUGCGCCCUGACUCGACGGUCAUGGUACGGCAUAGCUGCUGGUCUGCUCUACAACAGCAUUCGCAUUGACGCCGUUCACUACUGCGAGCUCGAAGAGAUCUACGCCGACCAGCGAAGGCGCAAGUCGCGCAAUGGCGACGCAGAAGAUAUCCCGACGGUGCGCCUCCAGAUGCUGAGUAACAGCGUGCGCGGCAACCAGCACCUCGGCCAGCGAGUGCGCUUUGUCAAGCUCCCAUAUAUGACACGAGAGUCUUGCAAGGCCGAUCUAGCACGUCUCGUAUCAGGCUGCCCGAACCUCGACUACAUCGACCUCCCAGACGGCUUCUACAACGGCGACCAGUCAUGUCAAUUGCUGCGACAGGAACUCCAAGCACGCUGUCCGCACAUUCAGAAGAUGAAGUACAACGAGGGUGGAGAGCAAUCAGUGGAAUCGCUGCUCCAUGGCUACUGGCAGGAGCUGCGCGUGGUUGAGCUGAACAAGCUGCGCAUCGAACCGAGCAUAUUGAGGCAGGUCUUUGGUAUGCUCCCUCGAUUGAGCGAGCUCACAGUGACAGGCGGUGCUUGGAUGAACGACUCCUUCUUCCACGAUGCACCUGGCCUGCCGCAUUUCCCACCCCUGGAGACACUGAAGCUGGAGAAAGUACACGGUGUGACUGCGCAAGGACUGGUGCAGUACCUCUCGAACCACAUGUGCGCCGCCAGAUUGAAGACACUCAUCAUUAGGAACUGCAACGGAAUCACAGUCGCAGAUCUGCACGCUAUUCUGAGGGCGGCCUCUAAUCUGAGAACACUCGAAUACAACGCAACAAUCACGGCAUCGUUACCAUUGGAUCCUCUGCCCCCUCUGGAGUCGUACACCCUGCGCAAGCUGAACUACGAGAUCAUUGCGAACUCGACGAACCAGAUUUACUCCCCUGGCGCCUCCUACUACCAGUACUUGGCCAAGUCGUUAUUGUCCAACAGCCUUCCUGGACUGCGCCAGCUCUACGUUCAAGACCCCGAAUUCCCUGAGAUCCUCACACUAGCACCGCCGAUCCGUCCAUUCAGCGAAGCACCGCAACCCACAUUCAACCAGCCACUUGAAGUGUUCUCCAAGGGACUUGACGAGCUGGAAUGGAUAUUCACCUCCAUCAUUCCUCCAGAGGCGGGACAACGACGCGCAUCAAUGGUUGGCGGUCGUCCACUCAGCAGCUACUCAGCACACAAAGGCUUGGGACCACAAUGGGGAGGCGAGGCUCGAAAGAGUAUCGUGGUACCCAACGGCUUCGGUGGUUUCUUGGCUAUUCCUGCAGAGAAUGAUGCUCGGCCGAGAAGCGCAGGAAACCCUACAGCAGGUGGCGGUGGUGGCAGUUUUGGUGGCUUUGGCCAUAGCCAUUCGCACUCACUCAGCACGAGCCCCGGCGGCCCUGGAGCGCGAGCGAGCUGGAUGACCCACGCAGGACGCGAUAAGCGUGCCUCAAGGGCCGACCUGUGGCGAUGAGGUGAUACUCCUCGCUGUUCCACAUCUACAGACUUUUGCGUAAGCAUUGCGUUGUUUUGCAUUGGGUUCGAUCGCGAUUCAAGGGUCACAUUGAGUACCAACAUCUCUCAUGUCAUUUUCCUUCGCACUUCACUUCUCAAAUACCCCUUUUCUUCAUCUACCCGACUGUAUCAUAGCAGCAGGCGUUCGGGACUUCAUCGAUCAUGGUUGGUCGCAG